AUGGCGCCCUUACCUCUCUCUACGACCGCGCCUUCUACCUCCACACCCAUCGAACAAGCCUCCUCCGCUCCAAAGUCGAAGAAGCGCAACCCCUCCACCCCACACAUAAUCCACACCUCCACCCUCCGCCACCCGCAUUACACAUACUUCCACCUCACCCUCACGCCUUCCUCCUCCUCCUCCUCCUCCACCACCACCAACAACAAACCUACCGCCCUCGACCCGCUCCUGAUAUCCCAACUCCUCACACAAGCCCUGUCAUCCUACCUGGGCCUUACGGGCGCCGCGAUCCCCGUGGAUAUAUUAAAGAGCGAGGGCAGGGAGGUGUGGAUUCGCGUGCCCGCGAGGGAUGCGAGGGGUGUGCGUGCGGGGCUGAGUAGUUGGUGUGGGAAAGUGGGUGGGGCGGGGACUCGGGAUCUACGGAUAUCAAGACGCGUGAGGACGUGGAAAGUUCAUGCCAGAGUCGCGUGGACGGGGCUUUGCCAGGAUGCAAAAUGGGGAAGCGUCAUGGUCAUACGACUGAGUGGCCGAGGGCAAGAACAAUGA